AUGGAUCCCAAAUCUUCACCUCCGAACGAAUUCAGUAUUUUUUCAAACAUGUUUUCACUUAUCAACCCAAAAGCCCCAGUCUCAGAUGUUUCAUUAUGUCUAGAGUUACCAUCGAUUCAAGAUUUCGCAAUUAGCGGAAUUAUUGAAAAAACAGAUGUAAGCAAGCCCUGUGAAAAAAAAGUACUAAAAGAAAAACGACGACACAAAAAAAGCCAAAGAAUAACUGCUUGCAAGCAUAUCAACAAGAAGCAUUAUGCAAAAGGUAUGUGCAACUCUUGCUACCACCGCUAUGGAAGAGACACUUAUGCAUGAAUCUGCGAGCACACAGAAAGAAAGCUUUACGCUAAAGGAAUGUGCGAGCUGUGUUAUAAUAAAUGCCAUGCAGAAUCAAGCACCAAGAUUAAAUCCCAACUUAAGUAA